GUUUCUCCAGCAGGCAGCGAGCAAGAGAGGGAAACGGAAAAAUGGCCCUCGAUAAUUUAAUUUUCGCCCAGUGCAUCCUUUAUUUUUUAGCCUUCGUAUUCGGUUUCAUCGCCGUGGUGCCUCUGUCUGAAAACACAGAAGAUUUCGGGGGGAAAUGUCUGCUGUUCACUCGGGGCAUCUGGCAAAAUGAGAACAUCACCGUGUCGAAGCAGCGCUUCGUCGUUGAGGAGUGGGGACCCGAGUCCUCCUGCAGCUUCAUCACUUUUGUCGGGAUAGCGUCCCUCAUCCUGUCCGCAGUGCAGGCGUGGAGGCUGCUCUUCUUCCUGUGCAAAGGACACGACGACUCCAUCUUCAACGCUUUCCUCAACCUGCUGAUCAGCUCCUUGGUGGUGUUCAUAGUCUUCCUGUCCAGCACAAUCGUCAGUGUGGGGUUCAACAUGUGGUGCGACUCCGUCACUGAGGGUGGGAGCAUGCCAAGCAGCUGUGAGGACCUGCAGGACACUGAUCUAGAACUGGGACUGAACAACUCAGCUUUCUAUGACCAGUUCGCUAUAGCACAGUUUGGCCUGUGGGCGGCCUGGCUCACCUGGCUCGGGAUCGCAGUCAUGGCCUUCUUGAAGGUCUACCACAACUACAGACAAGAGGACCUGCUGGACAGCCUGAUCCAUGAGAAGGAGCUGCUGCUAGGUCGCUCCUCACGUCGCAACUCUGACCUCAAGACUGGCCUGAUUUAGAAACAAGCUGAAGCACAAACCCACACCCAAUCACUCACACUCAACCGUCCAGUCCUCUGCCUGCCGUGAGAAACACCAGUGUUUGCCUGUGUAGACAAUCAGAAUUGGCUUUUGCUUCCAUUGAUCAUGGAUUGAUCAAACAGAGGGUUUAGCUUUGUUCUCUAAAGGUAAUUGAUUUCCCCUUAUAAAAUAUAUAUCUUAAUGGAUGUUAAUCCUUGAAGAAACCUGCUUAAUUGAGAUUAUUUAUUCCUCUUCCAAGGCAUCGCUCAUCUCUGAAAGUGUUUUACCCAUUUAAUGGAAGUUUUUCUUGACACUUGAAUUUCAUUUGAAUUACGCAGUAUUAGUGGUUCAGACUGAAUGGUCGAUGGAUCAUGUUGUCUUUGUGAUACUCCUGCAUGGACCUAAUGCAUGGCAAAUUAAUAAGGUGGUGGUUCUUAGAUGUAAAAGGUUGUCCUUUUUGUUUUCUACACCGAUAAAUGCAUAGGCUCCUCUCUUGUAGGAUGCACUCUGCAUCUUGAUGAAGUCAUAAUUCCUUGCAUGCUGCAGCAAAGCAAACACACUCAAGCCUUUGCAGUGUAUUCACUUUUAUCAGCACUUACAAAAGGUAUUUUAUUAUAAAGACAAAUUGUAGUUGAGAGCAUUUAUGUAUGAGGCAGCAAGUCCAAAAAUGCUUUUAGCAAUCUUUGUGAGCUUGAAGACAAAUUCCUAUUUGUGCCAUAUUGCUACUCAGGCUUCUCCUGCACACUUUAUAGGCUACAAACCAAUAUACUGUGUUACUGUGAAUAGAUGCACAAAUGUACCUGCAUGCAUCUCUCUUCUGUUCCACACGCACAACACACACUCACUCACUAUCCAAGAUAACAGGAAGAAAGCAAGCCAUGUGCUUGACUUUGAUAGGCAACGACAGUUUUAUUCAAAACAACUGAAAUCAUAAAACGGUAAGAACUAAGAAAACCCUCCAUAAAGGCACUUCUUUCAAAGUGACCAUAAAUGUUUGGACAGCAGUGAGAUGCAGCUUCUAAGCUAAAUGUGCAUAUACACUGGGCAUUGUUUUAUUGCUAAUGACAAUUUAGUUUGACAGUACAGAGUCGACUGUGAUUCUUUCUUCGAUACAGGCGCUGUCAGCCUCAUAUUGCUUUGACAUUUAAAUGUGAAAACCAUUGAGUUCCCUGAAACCUGUUACAUAAAGAACAAUGUUUUACUGGAAA